AUGAACAUGCUUGAAGCCAACAUGCGUAAGGUUAGCGACAGCCUGAACAGCACCGUCCGAUUGGCGGCAGAGUUUGGUGAUGAAUCAUUAAAAGAUUUAAAGCUUUAUACCAGUCUGGUGGAAAAGCUGUGCGAAAUUGACAGCAAAAUGAACACCCACCGGAAGGCGCUAGCGGAAUCCUACGCAGAGCAAACCGUGGAAUGCUUCGACCAGCGCUAUGAAACGAGUAUAGAUCGGAAGAAACCCCAGGUCCGGGGGCACAAACGCUACAAGGACUUUGUGCAGUACGCCAAACCGCUGCUCAAUCCAUCGCUGCAAGGCCAGCCCUCCCAAAACGACAAUGACGAUGAUGAUGAUGGCGAUUUGGUGAUGGAGGCCGACGUGGGCAAUAUGGUCGACCCGAUCUCGAAGCGCCCGCUGGAGGUGCCGGUGCGCAACAAGCAGUGCAAUCACGUGUACGAAAAGAGCGUCAUCGAGAAUCUGUUGAAGCAGAACCCGCGUACCCGCUGCCCGGUGAUGGGCUGCGCAGCGCAAGGAUACGUUCAGCAGCAUUUGCUAGAGGUUGACGUUAGAUUGCAGCAGCAGCUCAUUCAAACCCGGUCGGUGUUUACCUAA